CGAUUGGAUGCACCUCGAAAUAUCUAAUCGCCAACUCGAUCAUCGUAGAUCUCUCGCGUUCCGCCGUCACGUAGAUCACGCCCCGGUCCCGAAUUACUGCGAUUGACAGUUCUAGAUACGCUGACGCGAGCGAUGCCUCGGACAUCAUGCGGUUGCUUCAAAAAUUCCAUCGUGAUUAACCGUCGUGGGUGGUCCCUCGAUACGAGGGAGGUUCUCAAUACUUCGCGGAAGCAAAUAAGCUAUGAAUCAAACACAAUCAGUUUGGAAUAAUGAAAUCCGUAAGAACCAAUUCUCAAACGCUAUGUAAAAAAUUUUUAAUUUAAAAAAUUGAAAAUUCAAUUUUGCUCUUCAUAAGACACGGUGGCAAACAAUAGGACAAGAUGACAACCGUUCUUUAACAAUCGUCACUCGUGCGGAAAUCUCGUACACUCAACUACAUCGUGUGUGUGUGUGUGUGUGUGUGUGUGUAUUGUAUUUUUGUAGGGUCCAUCCUUUAGUCGACGAGCGUCAAUUAAAUGCGCGAAACCACCUCGCACAAGAUAUCUCUACACGGAUCUGAGGUCUGUAAGCGGCGGAUAUAAUAGCUAGUUGCACGCUCGAUAGAUCUGAUCUGAUCCCGAUCUUUCUCCGUGCACUGUGGGCUCUUCUUCUUCGUUACAACUGGCGCGACCUCAAGACUGAAUCGCUACAUAGACGAAAUGGUUUCUAAGGUCCCAGAGAUAGCCUUCAUUGUGCUGGCAGCUUGCGCCUUGGCAGCGCCUGCCGACGAACCGAUACCGAUCAUCAGCCAGACCCAAGAGGGUCCCAACCCGGACGGAUCGUACAAGUGGAGUUACGAGAGCGGUAACGGUAUCAAGGCCGAGGAGGAAGGUCACCUGGAGGAAGCUGGCACCGACAACGAGGCGAUGAGAGCGGAGGGCGGUUUCAGCUAUUCGAGCGAUGACGGUCAGGCAAUCUCCUUGACUUACGUGGCUGACAAGAACGGCUUCCAGCCGGUGGGCGCUCAUCUACCCACCACGCCGGAAAUUCCGCCGCUAAUACUGAAGGCUCUCGAGUGGAACGCGGCGCAUCCGUCUAAGGAUGAUGAGAAUCAGGUGUAAAACAGCCUGACCGGCGCCGCCGUCGAGUAUGUGAUCUCACGAUCUCCACAAGUAAUUAUUUCGCUACGAGAAUGGAAGACGAUCCACGGUGACGCCGGACGACGAGUGUUGCCGUCGCCCGCGUGUUGUCGUCCUCGCCCUCGAAACCAACACGGGCUGCUCUGAUUCAAAUUGUUGUAAAUAUUUAUUGUACGCGGUACUAUACACAUACCCACACAUACAUACGUAUCUUAUUAUAUUGUAUUAAUAUAUAAUAUAUAUUUGGAGAGAAAGCAAACAUGUACCACGACUAUGUAGCUGACUCAUCGUUAGAUAUGUGUUACGGUGCAUUAAGAAUAAACGUUGCAUCCCAGGAGAGA